AAAGCCGGAAGACUAGAAGAGACCACAAGAAAUUUUACCAGAAAAUCAAAAGACCUGAAAACAGAAAAUUUAUUAGCAAAAUCUAGAAGAACAGAAAAAAACCCCAAUAACACAAUUAAAAUUAUCAGAAAGCUAGAAGACCAGGGGAGAUUACAAGAAAUUUCACCAGAAAUCGACAAAAGACCUGAAGACAAUGAAAAUUAA